GUGUAAUAAUUGAAGUACAUACAACACAAGAGUUACAACACAUAAAAACACGUUUUAGAAGUGUGCCGCCGCCGCGUCUCCUUCCUUCUUCUCAAAUCACAACAACUCUCUCUUUCAUUUCUCUCCUUCUUUCUUCUGAAGCUCCUUCUUCUCAGAUCGAGCUUCAGAAGAAACAAACAAGAACAAAACAGUUAGAUUCAGUUUUUUCACAGUUUCUUCAUAUUCCAUUCAUGGCAGCAACAAACUUGUUACAAUUUCGUUGUUAUUAUAAUAAUGUCAAACCCAACCUUCUUCUUCCACCACUCGCCACGUGGCAGCAACAGCAGAGAACGACAAAUUUAUUCGGUUACGAAUUUCCGAAAAAAGCGGCGGUGAAGGUCACGUGCAAUGUGUUGGAGAAGCACGUGAUUGAGAAUGGGAGGAGUGUGGUUGAGGAAGAAGGAGAUGAAGGAGGGAUAAAGAGGAGUUAUACAUGUGUGAUGAAAUUUGGUGGUUCGUCGGUUGCGUCGGCGGAGAGGAUGAUGGAAGUUGCUGGAUUGGUUAUGAGUUUUCCGGAGGAGAGGCCUAUUGUAGUUCUUUCUGCUAUGGGAAAAACUACUAACAAGCUUUUGCUGGCUGGAGAAAAAGCUGUGAGUUGCGGUGUUACUAAUGUCUGUGGCAUUGAAGAGCUUAGCUUUAUCAAAGACCUGCAUCUCAGAACUGUGGAUCAACUUGGAGUGGACAGAUCUAUUAUUGAAAAACAUCUGGAAGCACUGGAGCAACUUUUGAAUGGGAUAGCAAUGAUGAAAGAGCUAACUAAACGAACUCAAGACUAUCUAGUUUCUUUUGGAGAGUGCAUGUCCACUAGGAUCUUUGCUGCAUAUCUUAAUAAAUUGGGUGUCAAGGCCCGCCAAUACGACGCAUUCGAGAUUGGUUUUAUAACAACUGAUGACUUCACAAAUGCGGAUAUUUUAGAAGCAACUUAUCCGGCUGUUGCAAAGAGAUUGCAUGGCGAUUGGCUUGCUGAUCCUGCAAUUGCAAUUGUUACUGGCUUCCUUGGAAAGGCGAGAAAGUCAUGUGCAGUAACAACACUAGGUAGAGGUGGCAGUGAUUUGACAGCUACGACAAUUGGGAAAGCAUUAGGGUUACCUGAGAUCCAGGUAUGGAAGGAUGUCGACGGUGUCUUAACUUGUGAUCCAAAUAUAUACCCGAAAGCCGAACCUGUCCCCUUUUUGACAUUUGAUGAGGCUGCCGAGCUUGCUUACUUUGGUGCUCAGGUUCUGCAUCCGCAGUCUAUGAGACCUGCUAGAGAAGGUGAUAUUCCAGUCCGGGUUAAAAAUUCCUACAACCCUAAUGCUCCAGGCACUCUCAUCACCAAGGAAAGAGAUAUGAGCAAGGCAGUAUUAACAAGCAUCGUUUUGAAACGUAAUGUGACCAUGUUGGAUAUAGUGAGCACUCGCAUGCUUGGUCAGUAUGGUUUUCUUGCUAAGGUGUUUUCGAUCUUCGAAGAUUUAGGCAUAUCAGUCGAUGUUGUUGCUACAAGUGAAGUCAGUGUUUCCUUGACGUUGGAUCCAUCAAAGCUAUGGAGCAGAGAACUAAUACAGCAGGAACUUGACCAUGUUGUUGAAGAACUAGAGAAAAUUGCUGUGGUGAAUCUCUUACAAAAUAGAUCCAUCAUCUCUCUCAUUGGAAAUGUUCAGCAAUCAUCAUUAAUUUUGGAGAAGGCAUUCCGUGUCCUUCGAACCCUUGGUGUCACUGUUCAAAUGAUCUCUCAAGGUGCAUCCAAGGUGAAUAUCUCAUUGGUUGUAAAUGAUAGUGAGGCAGAGGAGUGUGUAAGGGCUCUCCAUCACGCUUUCUUUGAAACCGAGUUCUCCGAGUUACAGAUAGGAUACACAAAUGGAAAUGGUUCCGUUCCUAAAUCAUCUUAGGAACAAUUGUGAGCCUCAAUUAUAUAUCCUCAAGAUAUAUAUUCCAAUCUUAAAAGCUAAUUAAAUCCUUGUGUGAUUGAGAUGUAGCAAUGGCAAAGCACAAGUAUACAGAAGCUCCACGUCUGAUAAAUGAGAAUGUAUUAUAGGGUUCUAUUUGGAGAUAUUAGCAUUAUUUAUGUAGCUUAUUCUAUUGAGCUGAUUAAGUUUAUUAAUCAGGCUCAACUGGGUAGAUUUUUUUGUAUGAGUAGGACUCAUAAUCGGUAGAACUAUUAGUACUCCGUAGUUUAUAAGAGUAUUACACAUUGCGCACCAGUCACUUGCAUUAGACCUAUCAGUAUUUUGUUGUUCUAAUAGGUCAUUUAUAAAUUUUAGUGGUAGUCAUAUAAAGUAUUACUAUAUCUUAAAAGUAUAGUAAUAUUAAGAAAUAAAUCAUAUUGGAGAAUUUGUUGUACGUUGUUUUA